CGCUGGAGCCGCCGCUGCUGCCGCCGCUGCCCCCUAUCCGGCGAGCCGGAGUCUCCGUGCCGUACCCUCGGUCCCCGGCCGCGCGGAGCCGGGAUGCACUGCUCCUGCUGUGGGUCCUCAUCAUGGAGACCAAACGGGUGGAGAUUCCCGGCAGCGUCCUGGACGAUCUCUGCAGCCGAUUUAUUUUGCAUAUUCCCAGCGAGGAAAGAGACAAUGCUAUCCGAGUGUGUUUUCAAAUUGAGCUUGCCCAUUGGUUUUACUUGGAUUUCUACAUGCAGAACACACCAGGAUUACCUCAGUGUGGGAUAAGAGACUUUGCUAAAGCUGUCUUCAGUCAUUGUCCAUUUUUGCUGCCUCAAGGUGAAGAUGUGGAAAAAGUUUUGGAUGAGUGGAAGGAAUAUAAAAUGGGAGUACCAACCUAUGGUGCAAUUAUUCUUGAUGAGACACUUGAAAAUGUACUACUGGUUCAGGGGUAUCUAGCAAAAUCAGGCUGGGGAUUUCCAAAAGGAAAAGUAAAUAAAGAAGAAGCUCCUCAUGAUUGUGCUGCUAGAGAGGUCUUUGAAGAAACUGGUUUUGACAUCAAAGAUUAUAUUUGUAAGGAUGAUUACAUUGAACUUCGAAUCAAUGACCAGCUUGCUCGUUUGUACAUCAUUCCAGGAAUUCCAAAAGACACAAAAUUUAACCCAAAAACCAGAAGAGAAAUUCGGAACAUUGAGUGGUUCUCCAUUGAGAAAUUGCCCUGCCAUAGAAAUGAUAUGACCCCGAAAUCCAAACUUGGUUUGGCACCUAAUAAAUUUUUUAUGGCCAUUCCCUUUAUCAGACCAUUAAGGGACUGGCUUUCGCAGAGAUUUGGAGAUUCCUCAGACAGUGACAAUGGAUUUUCAUCAGUUGGGAGCACACCAGCUAAACCCACUGUGGAAAAAUUGAGUCGAACCAAAUUCCGCCACAGUCAACAGUUAUUUCCUGAAGGUUCUCCUGGUGACCAGUGGAUAAAGCAUAGGCAACCACUGCAGCAAAAGCCAUAUAAUAAUCAUUCUGAAAUGUCUGACCUUUUAAAAGCAAAGAAUCAAAGUAUGAGGGGGAAUGGCAGAAAACAGUAUCAGGAUUCACCUAAUCAGAAGAAAAGAACAAACGGGGUCCACAGCCAGCCAGCCAAGCAUCAGAAUCCCUUGAUGAAAUGUGAAAAAAGACUUCAUCCACGAAAACUUCAGGAUAAUUUUGAAACAGAUGCUGUAUAUGACUUGCCUUGCUCCGGUGAAGACCAGUUGCUAGAACAUGCCGAGGGACAGUCUGUGGCGUGUAAUGGUCAUUGCAAGUUCCCCUUUUCAUCCAGAGCCUUUUUGAGUUUUAAGUUUGACCAUAAUGCUAUAAUGAAAAUCUUGGACCUUUGAUAGCAGCAGCUGUAUUGUGGAAGUCCCAGGAUCAGAAACCUGUUGCAUUUGAGUGGGUGUCUCUUUGAGCCUUACCUUUCUCAGGUGUUUUAAAGAAAUGCAGGGAGGCAAUGAUGUUUCUGAAGAUAACGUUCUCUGCAGAAGAGAGAGUAGAAAGAAACAUGAGUUUGCACUGUAAAUGCAGUUAUAACCUUUUAUACAGAUAUACCUUUUCAGUGUUUGGCUAACGAAUUUAAGUUGCUUUUUAUGAGAGCAUUUUUUUUCUGUGUGAUUGUGGUUUUUAUUUCAUGUUCUGGUCAAAAAAUAGUGCUUGAGUCAUCAUCAGGUAGCCAAGUUAAAGGGAAUGCUUCAUCUAGCCACGACAGUGAUUGCAACAAGAGUUUCCUUAUGUUGACAUUUUUAAAAGAAAUUAGAAUGCACAAAUAUUAAAUGAAUGCAAGAGCUAAAAUUGUCACAGAAGUCAAGAUGGCAGGUCGUCUGCUUUGGUGGUAUUUUGCGCAUUUCUCUGCCUCUAAUCACUUAGGUUCUCUAAUCCUCUUGUGCUGGGAGAUUUGUUGAAAGGUUUUAUUUAGAGCCAGCAUCUACUAUGUAAUGUUCAUGUUAAAAUUGAGCACAGCACUUCAUUACAGGGCAAAGUCCUCAGCCCGGAGGGGGAUUGAGUUGGUUGGGUAGGGAGUGGAUACUCUGACUGGGAGUUGAGAGCCUUGUGCAGUCAGCGAACCCGGGAGAGAGGAGCGGGGAGCCUUGAGGUGGGGAUCCAGCAACUGCUUUGGUGGCAACUGCUUUGGUUUUGUCUUCACUGUCCUGCCGCCAGUUCUUCAGUAUUGUACAAUGGUUUUGUUCCUGUGAAAAUUUAUUCUCUAUUACAAUUGUGUAAAUAUGAAUGGAAUGAAUACUGACAUUAUUAGGUUUUACUUUGCAUCUCGGUGUUGAUCUCUGGAAACUAAUGUUGUAUUAGGUUCCAGUUUGCGGUAGUAGCAGAAACUGACAAGCCUUUAGGAGCAUGCUGAAGCCCCUUGAUGAUGGAGUGAGAAGGGAAGGGGUAUGCGGUUCACCCAGGUACAAAUAAAGCAUUUUACUCGCGGAUGAUCAGAACAAGAAGGUAACAUACGUAACUCCUUCUAGGACUGUAUUUUGCUCCUUCAGGCUUCUUUUUAAAUAAAGAUGGCAAUGGCCAUUUUAAGAA